UCUCACAUUUUAAGAAAUUUUUUGAUAUUUAAAUCGAAUUUCAUUAAUAAUUUAGUGAAUUUUCAACUAUUUCAAGCAAGAAUCUUGUAAAUGAAGUUACAAUUAUUUAAUUUUCUUUGGAGAACUUAAGUUUUGUACGAAAUUUAUUAAAAAUUUCGAUAUAGCGACAAAAAAUGGAAUACUUAUCAAUUGAACAAAAACUCUUUGAAAAUCAGCAAAAUCAACAGUUCACGGAUUGCUCUUUUCGGUUCCUGAUCAUGUCAGAAGAUGGAGAAGUCAAAGAAAAGUUUAUUCAUGGUCAUAAAAUGAUUUUCUCUGCGGCAUCGAAAUACUUUGAAACCAACUUCAAACCUCAAUGGAGUAACAAUGAACCAAUUUUAAUCGAAACUGUUGAAUUUGAUGUCUUUGAAAAGUUGGUUAAAGCAAUUUACUUGAAUCGCAUCGUCAUUGAAAGUCUCGAGGAAGGAGUAAAAUUGUACGAAGCAGCUCAUUUUUAUCAGAUGCAUAAAAUUCUAAUUUUGUUAAGAGAUGUCAUUCAAAAUUUCGUUUUGGAGAAAAAACCGAUAGCGAUUUCAACGUUGUGCAAUCUCGCUUGGAAAUAUCAAGAUAUCAAACUGAUAAUUUUUGUCUCGAAAUACUUUUGCAUCAACACAGACAUAAUAUUCGAUAAUCCAGAUUACUUGAAUUUCUCUCCGGAAGUUAUCAAUUGGUUAUUUCAAUAUGACGACGAAUUGUCAGUGAAUGAAAGACGUCUUUUGAGAGCUUUGGAGAAAUUUGUUAGAGAAAAAAAAGCAACUAUUGAAGAAAUUAAACCUGCAAUUUGUUCCUUGCGUUUUCUCUCGUUGGAUGAAUACUACAUAAUACGAACGAAUCUUUUGACUGAAGCUGAAAAAGAUUUCCUUUUGGGAAAAUACUCCGUUGGAAUAAGUCACUUGUCGAAGAGCAAAACUCCAAGAGAACCAAAAAGUUUCUUCACGCAGCUCCCUGAUGACAUUCAAGCUGAAUUGAGAGAAAAAGCUUCAAUCGAUCAUUGCUGGGUUUGUAAGGCUUUUCAUAAUGUGUUUGAAUGUGAAAAGGCAAAUGAAAAGUAUCGAGUUUAUUCUGACAUCGAAAUUUUUAUGAAAGGUUUUGAAAGCGAAAAUUAUGACCCAAUAGAUAAGGUAUCGUCAAAUAUGCUGAAACAAAUUUUGAGAGGUUUUGGUAGUUUUUCUGCAGAUUUAGCAGCAGAUGAUGACCCGUAUGGAGAAGAUUGUAGUAAUGAAUUCUCAAAAUUUUCUAACAUUGAAAGUGUACUUAAAAAGUUAUACUAUAUUGUUGAUCAUCCCAUUCAUUUAAAUUUUUGAUUUGUUUUUUUACAAAAAAAAAAAAAAAAUGAAAAUAAAACAUGGUUGAUCAAAUUUUCU